AUGAACGUGAACGUCUGGAACAUCAAGGAGAUGUUCAGCACGCCCACGGCCCCGGGGCCCAAUAAGUUUUCCAUUCGGGGCAGCGCGCCUAGCGAUUACUCGAGUUUGAGCGAUUCCCAGCUGCUCUUCGGUUCCCAGUUCUGCCCGGAGAACACGCAGUCGGUGGCGGCGCCGCUGGAGCUGGGCACCCAGUCAGGCCAGCAAAACUCCCAGGACAGUGAGCCCAGUAUUUUUACCAAGUACCAGACAAAACCACAGCUAUUUGAUGAAGAUGUGAAAGAGAAAGGUUUACUUCAUUUUGGUGCAGGAAAAGUGAAGAGUGUCCUGGAAAAUUUUGAAGCGAAUAAGAACAAAAUAAAGGACAAAUACGAUCGUGAGGUUUUAAGCACCGUUAUUUCCAGUAUCAAAGACAGGCUUCAAGGGUUGCAAGCAUGCUUGGACAAGUUUGAAGAAACAUUUGAUUCAAGAAACAAAUCCGUUUUGGAUCACCUAGAAACCAUUUCCAAGACAUUGCAAGACGCUCUUCAAACUCACUGUGGCUCACUGCUGAAAGCUGUGACAGAUAAAAGCCAAAUGGAGCAGACACUGCUGGAGAUGGAGAAGAGACUUGCAGCUAAAGAUGUGGAGAUCUCAGAAGUGAAAUCCAGUGUCCAGCUGCUGAAGGAGGGUCUGGAGUCACUGCCAGCUCAGCUGAGUGAUCAGCACCUGAAGCUGUGUGAACAGUUAGGCUUCCUGAAGCUCCCCAGCACCUUAGCGGAGCUGCACACAUUCAUUUCCACUGCCAAACUCCCCACUCACAUGACAGAUAACUCUUCUCAGACCUCCCCUGGCUUACAGCAGGACUGUGCUCUUGAUAAGGAGAAUGCACGCUGGCCAUGCUGCCAAGACAGGAGGGCUUGCAGCUCCUCGCUUCAGUCUCGGGCUCCCUGCGUGGCAGCGCCGGGUCUGAGCGGAGGCUCCCACACAAGCCGUCAGCUCGUGGGGGACGGCACUUCUAGUGGUAGCUUAAACACUUCUUCAGGAAAGAAAGUCAGCCCCAUUGCUACAGAGAGGAAAUCUGCUUUAGAAACACAGAGCUCUGCUAACAGUCCCUGUAUGUGCUGUGCUAGCAAUCACGGUUUUGGAAGUAGCUGGAAGAAGCACUGUCCUGUUCCUCAAGAGGUACCUCUACCGACACCACUGCGGAAGGCGGUCAGGAGAGGCAUGAAAGGGUUUAAAACUGUGACAGAGUCACAGCAGAGACAGCCUCAAGUUUGCAAUUUUCCUGUACAAAAUGACAUGUCUGGGCAAAAAGGCAAGAACCCGUCCACAGACCAUGCGAUGGAGAACACCGCUGCAGGAAGCAAAGCAAGGCAGAAGUCGGGAAGGAUCCCCCGGAAUAAGGCAGCAGCACGGAAGAAAACAUACCCCGCUAGGAGGAAAGGAGAGUUUUCUAGAUGUUCUGACAGCGGGCUGAAGCAAAGGAUGGCAAACAGGAUUUUGGAGCUAGAAGGCUCCAGAAAAAAUUGGUUUCCAAGAUAUACAGUUACUCUUAAUUCAGGAAGCUCCAACCCAGUUUCUGCAGCUCCCAAUCAACGAAUGCUAAGCAGUGUUCAGCAGAGGCUCACAAAGAAUUUCCUACAAGGGCCACGCUCCAGUGAGGGCAUGCAGCAACUUGCAGACAAAAGAAAGAGAAAUCCAGAAAAUAAAAAUGGAGCAAAUGUUUCCAAUAUGAGAAGGAAUCUCUGGGAUUCCUCUCCCCAGGAAAAUGUAUUUUCCCUGUAUAGCACAGCAGGUGAAAAACAGAUGAGCUGCUUUGGUCCCCCGAGCUCUGCAAGCUCCUAUAAACCAUGUCCUGCCAAUACACUGGAUCAGCAGAAUAUGGCAUGUUGCUCUCUAGUUUUUGAUAGUGAUUAUUCUGAUUGA